UCACCUUCAAAUCUCCGUGAUCGCCGUCACGUUCCCCUCGACCCGCCCGCAUUCCGGCACGGCACUCUACGCGCCCACCCGCAUAAAAAUCCCAUGUGGUCACUCCAACGGUCUACAAAUACCUCCACUCUCAAACUCCCACCCCCUCAAUAUCCCCCCACCCUUCAACAUGAAGACUCGACGACUCCUCUUCUCAGUGCUUCUCCUCGCGGUCUGGUGCUCCGCCGAGAGCAAUGCGGUCAACGCCGUUACGGCUAACCCGUACCGGUCGAACACCGGUGUUUUGAACCGGGCCGGAUUCCCGGAUGGGUUCACGUUCGGGACUGCGGCGUCGGCUUAUCAAGUGGAGGGCAUGGCUCUCAAGGACGGACGUGGGCCCAGCAUCUGGGAUGUGUUCGUUCAUGUUCCUGGAAAUAUUGCGAAUAAUGCUACUGCGGAUAGGGCGGUGGACGAAUACCAUCGAUACAAGGGAGAUAUCAACAUCAUGAAAAAGAUGAAUUUCGAUGCAUAUCGCUUCUCAAUUUCAUGGUCACGAAUUUUUCCAGAUGGCACGGGAAAGGUAAACUGGAAAGGUGUGGCGUAUUACAACCGAUUGAUAAACUACAUGAUACGACGAGGCAUCACUCCAUAUGCAAAUUUAUAUCACUAUGAUCUCCCGGCAACACUAGAGAAGAAGUAUAUGGGCUUGUUAAGUCACAGGGUUGUGAAGGAUUAUGCAGAUUACGCAGAUUUUUGUUUCAAAACAUUUGGGGAUAGAGUUAAACACUGGAUGACAUUUAAUGAGCCAAGAGUGGUGGCUGCUCUUGGAUAUGAUGAAGGCAGUUUUGCCCCUGCAAGAUGCACAAACUGCAGUGCUGGUGGUAACUCUGCUACUGAGCCUUACAUUGUUGCCCACAAUUUGAUCCUCUCUCAUGCUGCUGCAGUGAAGAGAUACCGAGAAAAAUAUCAGGCUACACAAAAAGGAAGAAUAGGAAUCCUAUUAGAUUUUGUUUGGUAUGAACCUUUAUCCAACUCCACGGAUGACCAAGCAGCAGCUCAAAGAGCAAGGGACUUCCAUAUCGGAUGGUUUCUCCACCCAGUAAUCUAUGGCGAGUAUCCAAAAUCACUACAAGAGAUUGUUAACGAAAGGCUGCCUAAAUUUACUCCAAAUGAGGUUCAAAUGGUAAAAGGAUCCAUAGAUUUUGUGGGAAUCAAUCAAUACACUGCUUAUUAUAUGUAUGAUCCUCACGUGCCAAAGCAAGCAAAAUCUACUAGCUAUGCUCUUGACUGGAGAGUUGGAUUUGCUUUUGAUCGUAACGGAGUGCCAAUUGGACCACAGGCGAACUCCAAGUGGCUUUACAUUGUGCCGUGGGGAAUGUACAAAGCUGUAACAUAUGUCAAGGAAAACUAUGGGAACCCUACCAUUAUCCUCUCUGAAAAUGGAAUGGACGAUCCUGGUAACAUCACAAUGCCUGCUGGACUUCACGAUACAACAAGACUGAACUACUACAAGAGCUACAUAAGUGAGCUUAAGAAGGCAAUUGAUGAUGGAGCAAAUGUUAUUGCUUAUUUCGCUUGGUCGUUGCUAGAUAAUUUUGAAUGGAAAUCGGGGUACACUUCAAGGUUCGGUUUGGUUUAUGUUGAUUUCAAGAGUCUCAAGAGGCAUCCCAAAAUGUCAGCUUAUUGGUUCAGGCAUAUGCUUGAGAGGAAGAAGAAGAAUUAGUCGGAGAUGAUAAGAGUUAAUUUAACUUGUUAUAUGAUAGACUACAUAUGUAUUUGGCUAUUUAGUUUGAACUUUUAUGGUAACAAUAAGAAUAAAUUGAUGACUAGGUUCGGUGUGGCUCUAAGCUUAAUUUUGUAUCUGUUUCUCCGGUGAGGAUUAUGCUUA